CGUAAACCUGGUCAUCAGGCCAAAUCUAGAUCACUGAGCUGAGAGAUAUAUCCUCCGUCGUGAGGGACUUGUUUUUUUAUUACCCAUUUUUAUUUCAUCAAGCCACAAUGACUAGAGGCAAUCAGCGUGAAAAAGCUAGAGAAAAAAGCUUGAAAAAGCAGAAGGAACAGGAAAAGAAAAAGCAUUCUAAUUUAAAAGAUGGUAAUAAGGGACUGUCACUUGAAGAGCGCAGACAACGUGAUGCAGAAAUAAUGCGCCAGAAGCAAGAUAAAAAAGUAGCUGACAGUGGUGCUGGCUCUAGUGGUGGCGCAUCUGGUGGUGCAGCCAAAUAACAAGAUAUAUUAAAAAGAUGAUGGAAUCAAUUAGAACUGAUCAGAUACGUUUAAGAUAUGUUUGUUUUGUAUCAGUUUUUAUAUGUUAACAUUUUCAUAUCUGAUCAGUUUGACUUUUUUUUUUUUUUUUUGAAUCAGGGACUUAUCUCCCAAUUUUAUUUCAGCAUGUCUAAACAUUUGUCCUGUAAUAAUUGUUUUCUUAACUAUAUGCCAUUUUCUGUACAUAUGUGUAUUUUCAUGACUAUAUAUGUUCCUCUUGGAAAACUACAUCAUCAUCAUAAAGACGUAAUUGUGUAUUUGAUCUAAAGGGCAGUUGUCAGUUUAGCAGCAUGCUUUAUUGGAUAAUGCUAGCGUUAGCUUCCUGUUUAUCAGAGAAACUUUAGACGUGAUUGAAUAAACUUAGAUUGUGCAAGUUCUGGAACAUGUAUUUUAUACUUGUUGCUCAUCAAUACAAGUCCAGCAUUUGAAGCAUACAUUGUUUUUCAACUGAUUUUUCUCAGAUAAAAAUUUAUAUUCUGUAUAGUAUCUAAAUAAUAAAUAUUCAUUUCAAUCAUGAUUUAAUUGAACUGAAUGCAAUAGGUUUUUCCUCUGUGAAAAGUGAUAUUCUCUGUAAAUUAUUUGCAAUCACGUCGCCUGUAUAUUAUUAGGAAAUGCUGUCAAUUUUUGCCAUUUUUGUAUCGGACAGCAUUCUGAACUGAGUUAAAUCUUGAGCAUGCAUUCUUAAAAAAAUAAACACAUUUUAAAAAAGUU